AUGACCGAACCGAAGUCCAGCAGCUGUAUGCUGUGUCCAGAAGUGGACACAUCUGACAUGGUCCAGUGCGAUGAGUGCAACCAGUGGGCACAUUUCAGCUGUGUUGGAGUAACGGGGAAAAUCAAGGACUACCCGUGGAACUGUCCGAAGUGUAGCAAUUCUCUGCAAGUACCGGAGCAGAAGAAAAAUGCUACUGGCGCAGUGUCGAAAAAGACGUCCACGGAUGGGAAGAAGACGAAGUCAAAAGGAGAAUCCGCCUCUGUGAGUAGUGUUGGUUCUGCAUUCGAAAAGUCUCUCGAGAAGCUGCAGGAGGAGAUGGAUGCCAAGGAGAAGGCUAUGGAAAACGAGCGUAUUCUACGCAAAAAGCGACUCGAAAUGGAACGAGCACUGAAGGAGAAACAGUUACGCCUGGAGAAAGAACUUCGUGAGAUGGAACUACAACAAGAACGCGAGUUCCAAGAGCGUCAGCUGCAACAGGAACAAGAAAUGCUGAAUCAACGUUUGAAGGAAGAAGAAGAUUUUCUCAAGAAGCGGAAUAAGUUGCGUGAUAAUUUCGAGGUCGCUAAGGUAGGACUAAUAAAAAGACAUUCAGAAGAGGAAGUAGAAGAAGGAGCCGUAGGUGGUGGCGAAGGUUUAGAAGAAGACGCUUUCGGUGAAAAUUCUAACCAAAAGGUGGAGAAAUGGCUCGAACGUGGCAAUAGUAUGCCGGUCGUACAGCAGCUAACGGUGUCUGGGGCAAAAGGUAUGAAGGGGACGACGAGAGUAGAUGAUGGGACAAAAGGGCUUACACUCCCUGCCAGUCCGUCACAAUUUGUAGACCCGAUUCGUGGCCUGAAUCAGCUUAAGCAGGCACCUGUUGGUGGAGAUCAUAGGGACGAUCAGUUCAUACGAUUGACUCGUGAGGAGCAAAUGGCGUUGGCAGAUUUUCGAACAGGCCAAAUGAGAAACGGGCCGGGGCAGGAAAUUGUAGGGCUUUCCCAAGCACAAAUUGCGGCCAGACAAUCAGUGUCUAAACAGCUGCCAGUGUUUAGGGGCGAGGCUGAACUCUGGCCAAUUUUUAUAAGCAGCUUUGAGUACACGACUCAAGCGUGCGGGUUCUCCAACCUGGAUAAUUUAAAGCGACUGAAGGACAGCUUGAAAGGGGAUGCACUUGAGGCCGUGAGGAGUAGGUUAGUUAUUCCUGACUCGGUUCCAGACGUUAUUCGCGACCUUCAGAACUUGUUUGGGAGACCGGAGAAGCUGUUGAAAAAUUUGUUGAUGAAAGUCCGCCAAGCUAAACCACCAAGAGUUGACCGUUUGGAAACAUUUAUACAUUUCGGCAUAACGGUCAAACAACUCUGUGACCACUUAGAAGCCGCCAAGCUCGUGGACCAUUUAAACAAUUCCAUGUUGGUCCAAGAAUUAGUUGAAAAACUACCUCCAAACUACAAAUUGGAUUGGGUCCGCUACAAGCGGGAUAAAAUUGGCACCCCUUUAAGAACCUUUACCGAGUUCAUGAACGGUAUUGUCUCAGAUGUUUCGGAGGUUAGUGAAUUCUCCACUCUCGAUCUCAACGGCCGCAACGAUUGUUCCGCUAGGUUGAAGCCGAAUAAAAAAGAGUUUGUUUACGUUCACAAUUCGCCAUUCCACAAAGGGGAGACGGCCCCAAACCCGAAAAGUGAGAAGCCUUGUUGGGUGUGCAAAAGAAACGACCAUAAAAUCAGGUUCUGCGAUGACUUCCGAAAGCUCACCGUCGCCGAACGCCUUAAAGUGGUGGGAAAGUAUAAACUAUGUGAGUUGUGCCUGAAUAACCACGGUAAGAGCAGAUGCAAUUUCAAGAUAUGCUGCAACGUGGCUGACUGCCAAGGAAGUCAUCAUCCGCUUCUACAUCGUUCCGAAGUAUCAGUUCAAGUCAUGGAGUUCCAAUGCAACGCUCACAAUUGCAUGAAUCGUUCCGUUAUUUUCCGAAUGUUGCCAGUUACCUUGCACUUCGGAAACCGAAAAGUUGACAUUCUAGCUUUCUUGGAUGAGGGAUCCUCCAUCACCCUUAUAGAGGAUUCUGUUGUGAAUAAACUCAAAAUCACUGGGAUCGUCGAGCCGCUAGUUGUCACAUGGACUGGAAACAUGAAACGUAUCGAGAAUGGUUCUAGAAAAGUUGACGUGAUGGUGUCUGCCAGGGGUUCUACCGAGAAAUUUCCACUGAGAGAAGCACGUACCGUUGGAGAGCUGAUUCUGCCGAAACAGGAAAUGCAGUUCUGUGAGAUCAAGCAGCGUUACCCUCAUUUACAGGAUUUGAGGGUCGAUGAUUAUGAUAAAGGAGAGCCGAAGAUAAUGAUCGGGUUGGACAACAUGUAUGUGUUUGCUCCGCUCGAGUCCAGAAUUGGCCAACCAGGUGAACCAAUCGCAGUUCGGUCGAAGUUGGGAUGGACAGUCUAUGGGUCAGAGAAUCGGAAUUCAUCGACGGUUGCGCUUGUGAACUUCCACGAUGCAGGAACAACAACCAAUCAGCAGUUGCACGAUAUGAUUCGCAGUCAAUAUUUGCUAGACGAGACUGGCAUAACACCGGCUGGAAUGCCGGAAUCUACUGAAGAUCACCGAGCGCGUGAAAUAUUAAAAACAACCACGGUUCGGGUAGGUGACCGCUUCGAAACGGGACUUCUAUUUCGUAAUGAUGCGGUAGUUUUUCCUGAUAGUUAUCCUAUGGCUAUAAAACGGAUGGAAGCCCUAGAGCGGAAAUUGUCGAGAAACGAAGAACUACGGCUCAAUGUAAACCGUCAGAUUGAGGAGUACCUGACCAAAGGCUACGCUCACAAGUUGACAAGCGAAGAGCUCAUCUGCACAGAUCCAUCAACUGUGUGGUAUCUUCCCCUGAACGUGGUGGUUAACCCCAAGAAACCGGGUAAAGUGCGCUUGGUGUGGGAUGCAGCAGCAACAGUUAAUGGAGUUUCUCUGAACAGCAUGCUGUUGACCGGCCCAGACUUGUUGACGUCUCUUUUAGCGGUACUUCAACGCUUUCGUGAACGACCGGUGGGGUUUGGAGGCGACUUGAAGGAAAUGUUCCAUCAGUACCUAAUCAGAGCGAGGGACAAACAGGCGCAGCGGUUCGUCUUCAGAUCGAGUAGCAAUGAAACUCCACAGAAAUAUGUGAUGGACGUCGGAACCUUCGGAGCAACAUGUUCUCCGUGCUCAGCACAGUACAUUAAAAACAUAAAUGCUGAGCAGUUCGCCGAAGAAUUUCCUAAAGCAGCGAGAGCCAUCGUCGACAAUCAUUAUGUCGACGACUAUUUUGACAGUUGCAACACUGUCGAAGAGGCAGUACGGCUAGCAACGGAUGUAAAAUUGAUACAUUCUCGAGGAGGGUUUGUUAUGCGGAAUUGGGUAUCCAACUCAGUGGAGUUUCUGCGGCAAAUGGGAGAGCACAACAAUGAAAAUGAUGUUCAUUUCCAUAAGAAUGAUUCCGGAACUGAGCGGGUACUUGGAAUUAUCUGGAGGUCAACCGAAGAUGUUUUUUCUUUUACUAUCACUCCAAGAUACGAGCUUCAAUCUGCUCUCGCCGGAACGGAGUGUCCAACGAAAAGGAUGGUUCUCAGUUGCGUCAUGUCGAUGUUUGAUCCUCUGGGACUUCUGUCGCCGUUCACAAUUCUCGGGAAAAUGCUUGUCCAAGACUUGUGGAGAACGGGUUGUGGAUGGGACGAAAAGAUAGAUGGCGAAUGUUAUUUGACGUGGAUUCAGUGGGUCAAAUUACUACCUUCGAUCGCGGAAAUUAGGAUUCCGCGUUGCUAUUUUGAGAAAGCACAAUCCCAUCGAGUGCAAAACCUACAACUUCACAUCUUUACUGAUGCAGGCGAGAAGGCGUACGGCUGCGUUGCUUAUUUUCGGGCUGUCGUCAACGAGAAAAUCGUAUGUGCACUGGUGAUGAGUCGAACUAAGGUCGCCCCGCUGAAACAGUUGAGCAUCCCUCGACUAGAGCUUCAAGCGGCAGUGCUAGGUGCCAGGUUGGCAGGUACAGUGCAGGAAAACCACAGCUUCAAGGCUCAGAAAACGUUUCUCUGGACUGAUUCGCAGACAGUGUUAUCCUGGAUCCGUUCGGAUCAGCGGCGAUACAAGCAGUUCGUCGGUUUUCGCAUAGGAGAGAUCCUCAGUCGCACGAAACUGGCGGAUUGGCGUUGGACACCAACAAAGCUGAACGAGGCAGAUAAACUGACGAAGUGGAGGCGUGCAGCGGAGCUUGUUUCGGACAGUAGCUGGUUCAAGGGACCUAGUUUUCUGUACAAAGACGAGGCAGAAUGGCCACAGCAAACUCCAGCAGGUAACACGAAGGAGGAGCUCCGAACGCGGUUCCUGUUCCACGAUGUUGAAGUACAGGACAAUUUGGUGGACGAUCAACGGUUUUCUAAAUGGAAUGAACUACUGAGGACAGUGGCUUGCGUAUACAGAUUCGUAUCGAACUGUCGGAGAAGAAUGAAGGGCUCUUCCAUAGAAACGUUGAAGGCUACAAAGAACCAGUUGAAGUUGUUGAAACCGAUAACGUGGUCAGUUGUGCGUACACCUUUGAAACAGGAGGAGUUAGAGAAAGCCGAACGUCAUCUGCUGCGUUCCGUUCAAGCCGAAGCGUUUGGGGACGAGUUGAAAAUCCUAAUUAGGAAUCGGAAUCGUUCCACGAGUGAGUGGAUGCAGUUGGAGAAGUCAAGUCCUCUGUACAAGCUCACACCACUAGUCGAUGAGCACAAUAUAAUUCGGAUGGAAGGGCGCACAGAGAAGGCUGAGUUCCUGCCAUUCGACCUACGCUUCCCAGUGAUUUUGCCCAGAGAGCACCAUGUGACAAGAAUGAUCGUGCAGAAUUAUCAUGAACGCUUUGGACAUGGGUAUCGAGAGACCGUGAAAAAUGAAAUUCGGCAGCGUUUUUACAUCCUAAAGGUUGGUACGGUGGUGCAGAAAAUUUCGAAGACGUGUCAGUGGUGCAAAGUUCACCGCAGUAAACCACGGGUUCCUAGAAUGGCAGCCUUGCCAGUGCAACGACUACAACCGUAUCGUCGACCGUUCAGUUCCGUCGGCGUCGAUUACUUGGGUCCGGUAAACGUCUCCGUAGCACGACAUAGUGAAAAGCGCUGGGUAGUUGUGUUCACCUGCUUCGUUACACGCGCUGUCCACCUGGAAGUAAGCGGAAGCCUGACGACGCAGUCCUGUCUGAUGGCUAUUCGACGUUUCAUGAAUCGCAGAGGACCACCCCAGGAAUUCUUCUCCGAUAAUGGAACCAAUUUGAAAGGAGCAAGCAAAGAGUUGACGAACCUAAUUAACGAUAUUAACUGCGACUGCGCAGAUGACUUAACCAAUGCGCGUAUGAAGUGGACUUUCAAUCCACCAGCUACCCCACACAUGGGUGGGGUCUGGGAACGAUUAGUCAGAUCCGUCAAAGAGGCAUUGGAAGCAAUGAAUGACGGGAAGCGGUUGACAGACGAAAUUCUACACACAUCAGUGACGGAGGCAGAAGAUAUGAUAAACUCGAGGCCGCUAAUCUACGUUCCCCAGGAAAUAGCGGAAGCAGAAGCGCUUAGUCCCAAUCAUUUCUUGAGGGGGGUUUCACCGAACGAACCGCAGAUGGUUUCUCCUACACCUCUUCCGGCAGAGGCUCUGCGGGAUGUAUACAAACGUUCGCAGGAGUUGGCACAGGAGAUGUGGAUCCGGUGGAUUAAGGAAUAUGUUCCUUCGCUGAACCAGCGGACCAAGUGGCUCGGAGAAGCAAGAGCGCUGAAGAAGGGUGACCUGGUAUAUGUGAUCGAGGGGUCUAAGCGGAGAUCCUGGGUGCGAGGAAUAAUAGAGGAGGUCAUAGCAGCGAGUGAUGGCGAGUGCGACAGGCGUGGGUCCGAACGAGCAGUGGCUUAUUUCGGCGAGCUGUUGCGCAGUUGGCAGUGA